AUGAAGAAAGCAGAACUUAGUAUCACAAUAGUUGAAGUUGUAAAGGAGUUAGGGGUUUCACCAUCUCAGGCUGGAGGAAUACCGUCCAUCACUAACUUUUGCUUUCUCUCAUCUUCACCCUUCGCCAGCAUGCUCUGUUUCAAGUUCUCAUUUAGGAAGGUGGCAGCUGCAGGGGCUACAUUGUCAGGGGCUACACUGUCAAGUAAACAUGUUGCAGGGGCUACACUGUCUGUUAAACAUGUUCCAGGGGCUACAUUGUCAGGUAAACAUGUUGCAGGGGCUAAACUGUCAGGUGAACAUGUUGCAGAUGCUACACUGUCAGGUAUACAUGUUGCAGGGGCUACACUGUCAGGUAAGCAUGUUGCAGGGGCUAGAUUGUCAGGUAAACAUGUUUCAGUGGUUACACUGUCAGGUAAACAUGUUGCAGGGGCUACACUGUCUAUUAAACAUGUUGCAGGGGCUAGAUUGUCAGGUAAACAUUUUGCAGGGGCUACACUGUCAGGUAAACAAGUUGCAGGGGCUACACUGUCUGUUAAACAUGUCCCAGGGGCUUGAUUGUCAGGUAAACAUGUUGCAGGGGAUACACUGUCAGGUAAACAUGUUGCAGGGGCUACACUGUCAGGUAAAAAUGUUGCAGGGGCUACAAUGUCAAGUAAAAAUGUUGCUGGGGCUACACUGUCAGGUAAACAUGUUGCAGGGGGUACACUGUCAGGUAACAUGUUGCGGGGGCUACACUAUCUUUUAAACAUGUUACAGGGGCUACACUGUCUGUUAAACAUGUUGCAGGGGUUAGAUUGUCAGGUAAGCAUGUUGCAGGAGCUACACAGUCAAGUAAACAUGUUGCAGGGGCUACACUGUCAGUUAAACAUGUUGCAGGGGCUACACUGUCAGGUAAACAUGUUGCAGGGGCUGCACUGUCUGUUAAACAUGUUGCAGGGGCUAGAUUGUCAGGUAAACAUGUUGCAGGGGCUACACUGUCAGGUAAGCAUGUUGCAGGGGCUACACUGUCAGG